AUUCCAGCACAGUUCGAAUUCAGCAUUAAAGUCUCUCAUCCAUUUCCCUAUUGUUUCUGCUGCCCACUAAACAACACCAAUCCUAAUUUACUCCUCUCCUGCAUCUUCCAGCACCGCAAGACAAUGAUACCACAUGCUUUCUUUCAUGAUUUCGCACAUACCACCAUAAAUAACAGAUAAUAUCCUAUGCAUUCGUUCAUAGACGUGCCCCCUUAAGUUUCUAUAUCUCCACGGAUUUUCUGGUCUCCACUUAGUCUUGGGUGACGAAAGGCCGGCGGUUUCCAUUUUUUCUCCUUCUCUCUUUCUUUUCGUCGAAUAUCUCAUGGGUUAAGUUGUCUUGCUUGUAAGGGUUCUUACUUCUACAGCAAAUACUCUCUUUUUUGGAGCAACUAUUUUUUUCCAUUUGGGUUGGGGUUGCGCGUGUUUGUUUUCACAUUAUGAAGGUUUCUGGGCUCUGGGUUUCGUACUUAGUGGUUGGGACAGCUUUAAUGUUCCUUAACUUCUCUUGCGCUACAACCACCUUGUCAAUUUCUGAUGUGGUCGUCACCGACAGAAGCAGUAGAGUGAUAACGCCAGCAACAAACAGGAAGCUGAAGGAAAUCGGUGAUGCUGGCAACUUGAAUCUAGAUGAUUACCAUCCUAUUGAUCCUGUUCCAAGUUCAAAAGCUUCCAUAAAACCAGGACCUAUCGAGCAUGGGACUCCUCUGAAUCCAUUUAUUCCGAAGCGCCCUCCACCACCAUCAAGUCCUGCUCCUCCCAACAAGGUCGGCAACUUUAACUAGCUUACAACCGUUGCAUUACUCAAACUGGAUGUAUGCUAAUAACACGAAGAAUUUAGCUACUUAGUGUGAAUCUGGUGCUUUUAUCAGCUUGUUUUAUUGUAUAGUCUGCAUUAGCCAGCUUAAGUUAUCCAUCCUCUGUAUCGUUUGAAUGUGUUUGUAAUCAAUGUUUAAAGUGAAUGAAUUUGCUAUCCCUGAAAGAAUAUUAGCUUAUGAUU